ACGCGGGACACCAACAGCGAGCAAGUAGCAGUGUGGGAACGAGCAGCCACUGCAGGAAGCGGUAGCCGCAACGCGCGCAGCCGAGUGGCGCUUUCUCUUCCUGCAUCAGUCAACAGAAUCCGCAGCCUUUCGUCUCCCCCGCGGCACGGCCAUGGCGCGGCCCUUCUCUCUGGCGGACUGCGAGGUGAUUGGCUUCGACCUUGACCACACGUUGUGUCGCUACAACCUGGUGGAGACCAGCCAGCUCAUAUAUGAAAGCUUUGCACAGUACAUGGUAACAGAAAAAGAUUAUGAUAAAGAACUGUUGAAUGUACCACCGGAGAGCUGGGAUUUUUGCUGCAAAGGCCUCGUUCUGGAUAUGGAAGAUGGGAACUUUCUUAAGCUUGCACAAGACGGAACUAUUUUAAGGGCAAGCCAUGGUACAAAACACAUGACCUCGGAAGAGAUCCUAGAGAAAUACGGAAGAAAAGAAUGGAGACACUUUAAGACUAUGAGUGAAAUGGUUUCUCGUUCAGCUAAGUAUUAUGUCUAUGAUAACUACUUUGACCUGCCAGCAGCUCUUAUUUGUGCUCGGAUUGUGGAUAAUUUAAACCAACACAGUGUUAGCCCAAAAUACAACUUUUGGAAAGAUAUGGUUGCUGCUAUUCAGCAUAACUACAAAACUUCAGCUUUUAAAGAAAACUGUGGAACAUACUUUCCAGAAGUGAAAAGAAAUCCAGAAAAAUAUAUACAAAGUUGCCCUGAGUCUGUUAAAAAGUGGCUUAGAAAACUGAAGGACAAUGGGAAGAUUCUCCUAUUGAUUACCAGCUCACACAGUGACUACUGCAGACUCUUAUGUGAGCACAUCUUAGGGAAUGACUUUGCAGAGCUUUUUGACAUUGUGAUCACAAAUGCCCUGAAACCUGGUUUCUUCUCUCAGCCACCGAAUCAGAGACCUUUCUGGACUCUAGAGAAUGAUAAAGAGCAAGAGAUGAUUCAGUCCUUAGACAAACCUGGCUGGUACUCCCAAGGAAACUCAAGCCAUUUGUAUGAGUUGCUGAAGAAGAUGACUGGCAAAUUAGAACCAAAGGUUGUUUAUUUUGGAGACAGUAUGCACUCGGACAUUUUCUCUGCGCAUCACUAUAGUAAAUGGGAGACUGUUCUCAUCUUAGAGGAGCUCAGAGGGGAUACCAUUAUGACACCUUCAGAGACAGAAGCUGAGCCCUUAGGGAAAAAAGGAAAAUAUGAGGGACAUCAUCCAAAAUCCCUUUGUGCCAUUUCUAAACAAUGGGGUUCUUUCUUUGUGGACACCAUUUCAGCAACAGAAGAUGCAGCAGAGACCUUAGCCAAAACAUGGUCUUGCAAAUGUGUUAGUACUUAUAGUACCAUCAGCAUUCCCAGUAUUGAAUCAAUAGCAGAUUUACCACUGGAUUAUAGAUUCACCAGAUUUUCUUCAAAAAACUCCAUCACUGCUGGUUACUUCCCCAGACCUCCAAGAUCAUUAUCCAAUAAUCAACCAAUGGCUGCCAAAUAGAUCAUUUCUAAAGAAAAUAAAACUUUUAUUGCAUCUGUUGCUUGAAUGAAUUAUGUUGGAUGCUAAUUGAGAAACAUUAUUUGCUACAAGAUGGAAUUAAAAACAGUUAAAAAAAGAAUGUUCAAGAAAGACUUUUUGUUCUCUUUGGGGAGCUUUAAUAGCAUGAAUCUAACAGAUAAUAAUUAAUAUUUGUUUUCCUACUUUGCUUUUUGAGAGUUUGCUUCAGUUUUUUCAAUUCAAUGUGUACAUACUUUCACAAUAUUAGCUCAGUUCGUAUACUACUGGAAUGUCAAGUCCCUUUCUUGCAGUAGGGAAGCAAGUACCGGUAUGUAUCUCAAUGUUCCUCCACACAACUUCAGUAAUCUGUAACACAAUGAUUGUAUGCAUUCAGCCAUGCACAUGAAGGUACAAUUUACCUGACUCAACCCCCUGCCCACCCGGCUUAAAAAUAUAAAGUAAGAUUGCAUGAGUAAGACCAUUGCAAAUACAAUUUAAGGUUCAUGGUGAAUGAAAAGGGUGCACCUGCUUUACAAAUGCUAGGGGCUCAGUGGACCAAUUGUGUAUGAACUGAGCUAGUUUUACAAUUAGUGAACAUUCCAUGUUCUGAUGUUUCAUCCCAUUCUUUGAGAUGAGAAUUAAAUUCUAUUACUUCAACUCAGAAUGUUUUGGGAAAGCAUACGAGUAUAGUUAUUUUAAAUCAUCAUUAUAAAAUCUAGACAGAUUUUGACAAAUAAACCCUGAGCUGACAGCAAAGUUCUUGAUGGUUCUUAUACCUCACCUGCUAAUCUAUAAUUCAGUCUGCCUGCUCCAAAUGGACUUGUCUGAAUCUCCUCUAACUGAGCAACUCCAACAUAAAUCUCACCCCACCCUGCGCGGGCACACAUACACAAAUAUUCACAGUCAUUCUGACAAAAACCUGAACUGUUCUUUAAAACAAUAAUGGUGGGAGUAGGGGGGGGGUCAUUACUUUGUUUAAAUCCAGACAAAAUAAAGAUUCAGGGACUGUUAAAUAGCAAAAAUCAAACUCUUUCUAGUAUUGUAUGUGUGCAAAACCUACUCAUGUGUACUUGGGAACAAGUCUCUUGAAUAAGCAUGAAUAGGAUAUGGCUGUAAGCCACUCCUUAGGUUCAUGUGCAGUUUUUAGAGCUAAAGAAAUUGUGAUAUUCCAGAUUGCAAACAACCUGUGCAGUAUGUGAUCGUUUCUCUAAGAAAGUCUAACGUGAUGUAACAAUGAAAAACUAAAAUCUAAGCAUUUGGUUGCAUAAACUUGAAGUCAGUUUGAAAUCUUUCAGUUUGUUUGGGCAUGCACAUCAGAAUAACUAUCAAAAUAAAUAUUAUUUAUUCCCAA